AAACUAGCCGUUAUAAUGUUGGAAGCAGACUUAAAACAGAAACACUACGCUCUCUAUUCUUGUCUCUUCUUCAUUAAGCUUCAUUCUUCAACCUCUCUACAAACCCUGCAACGACCCAACGUCAUGUUUACAGACGGUCUCGACGAGAAAGCUAUCGACUGGAUCAAGCAGGGAAGAGAUGCCGAUAACCUGGAACAUCGUGUUCGAUCUCCGUUUUCGGAGAAUCGACUCCGUGAUCCAUACCCGAAGUCCCCUCUGGCCAGCCCUUUUAGCUCUUCACACGUGUUGCCUCCGCUGAAGUUCCACUCUGGAUUGCCGACCCCUCAUAGCUUGACCACUCCUCCUCUUGGAGACGAGGAUGCCGAGAGUGUUGAAUCUGUGUCUGGGUCCUCUGGGGAGGAGAGUUUCUUGGAAGGAACGAAUGCAGAGGAUUUUUAUGACUACGAAGAAGAAGAAAAUAUAUGUGUUGAGCGAAGGAAACCUAAUUCUAGAUUGAACAGAGAGUUGUUGAUGGAGGAUCUGAAGAUUGAGCUGCCGAGGAACGUCAGGAGAUACACAGCAGAUGGUGAAUUGGGGAUGCGAAAAUUUGCCCUAAAGAAUACAAUUUCAACAACGACCUCAGAGUGUGGCGGUUCUGCACGAGAGAGAGUUCAACCGCACAACACAAUUAGUCCUUCCGUCCCUGAAAAGCAUGUGCGUAAAGAUGUUGAGGAUUUGGGGACUCCUAGUGCACCUCCUAUCAUGGAGUUUGAUGAAGAAGAAAAUAGUAUUGGGGUUGAAGCCGAAAUUGAUCCAAGUGGAAGUGGGAUUCGUGGGUCAGCAGAACCAGAAACUUCUUCUGAUGUUGGUCAAGGAGGUUUAGCUGAUUGGUCUUCGCAACAUACACAAUGGACUGACCUUGGUGAAACCAUAAGAAAGACCAUGACAGAAGAAAAAGAAGAAAAGAUCUCUUACUGGCAAACAAACUCAGUGGACUAUAGCACCAGCGGUCAACAUGCAUGGCAAACUCUUGUAGCCUAUGAUGCAUGCAUACGCCUAUGUCUGCAUGCAUGGAGUAGAUGCUGCACUGAAGCGCCUGAGUUCCUGCGUGAUGAAUGUCUGGUUCUUCGAAGUGCCUUUGGGCUACACAAAUUUCUGUUGCAACCAAGACGUGUGCAACCAGCGGAAGUUAGGACUAAUGAAAAUGUUGAACAGAUUUUCCCUUUGAAGGUAAAGAAGGUCGUUGGAAAAAUUAGGGUCGAAGUGAAGAAAAUUCGAGUGCUACCAAGACGGAAACUUAAAAGCACAUACUCACAGCAGAGUGCAAUCUACAUUCAAGUGGGCAAAGAGUAUAUCCGGCAUGUUUCGUCACUAGUGAAAACUGGCAUGAAUACUCUUAGGUUAUCUUCAUUCUCUGUGGCAUCUGAAGAGCCAUUGUCAUGCCUAUCCCAAUUGAAGAGUGCAACUGAAGAUACUCAAGUCGAGCCAGGUUCUGCUAUCUGUUUGCUCCCUGGAAGUGGAAAUUACCAUAUAUUUUUUCCAGAGAGUGAAGCAGAUGCUGUUUUGAUAGAAGUUCAAGAUUCAAUGAAAUCAGUGCAUGGUCGAGCUACAAUUCCAAUUUCUUCAUUGACUGAUAAUCCUGGUGACAGAAUCAAGUGGUGGCCCUUAUACCAUGAUGACCAAGAAUGUAUUGGGAAGGUUCAGCUGUCCAUUGGGAGUACAAUCACAUGUGAUGAAACUAAUAACAUAAAGAGUGGAGCUGUUGUGGAGACUCUAGCAUAUGAUCUGUUGCUCGAGGCUGCAAUGCGGGGGCAGCUUUUCCAUUCACGAAACUUAAGGUUGCAUGGACAAUGGAAAUGGUUGUUGACUGAAUUUGCAGACUAUUACGGAGUUUCUGAUACAUAUACCAAGCUGAGAUAUCUUUCACAUGUCAUGAACGUGGCAACUCCAACAAAAGACUGCUUAGAGCUUGUCAAAGAACUACUUGUACCUAUCUUAAAGGCUAAAAGUGAGAAAAGUCUGACUAGGCAAGAGAAAAGCAUAUUGUUGGAAUGUGAAACACAAAUUGAGAGUCUAUUGGCAACUGUUUUUGAGAACUACAAGUCAUUGGAUGAAAAAACUUCAACUGGGAUAGCAGACUUAUUUGGUCCAAUGCAGGAGAUGGUGGCACCUGUUUUAGCUCCUGCUGUUCAAGUAUACUGUCUGCUUCAUGACAUACUAUCUCAAGAUGCCCAGAUUAUGCUGAGAAACUAUCUGCAGACAGCUGCAAAGAAGAGGUGUCGGAAGCAUAUGGUCGAGACCGAUGAGUUUGUAUCCAGCAACUCUGAAGGUAUCAUGGAUUCAAUUACCACCUCAACAGCUUAUUUGAAGAUGAAGAAUCUGUGUUUAAAUAUUGGCAACGAAAUUCAGGCAGACAUCAAAAUCCACAAUCAACACAUAUUUCCAAGCUCAAUUGACUUAUCAAAUAUUGCAGCUGGUGUUUACAGCACUGAGUUGUGUAAUAGAGUUAGAGGUUUCCUCUCUGCAUGGCCUCCGUCUGGCCCACUGCCCCAUGUGAUUGAACUUCUGAUUGCGACUGCUGACUUUGAGCGGAACCUUGAGCUGUGGAAUAUCAGUGCAGUGCAGGGUGGUGUUGAUUCAAGAAGUUUGUUCCAUGACUAUGUAAUGGUUUGGAUCCAGGACAUGGAACUCAACUUACUUGAGCUUUGCAAAGCGGAAAAGGUGGCAUGGGCUGGAGUAAUAACAAAUCAUUCCACCUCUCCUUUCGCUGAGGAAAUGUAUGAUAAAAUACUAAAUUCCCUCAUCGAGUAUGAAGUGGUGAUCAAUCGAUGGCCUCAGUACUCGUUGAUAUUGGAAAAUGCUGUUUCCAAUGUGGAAAGAGCAAUAAUUAAAGCACUGGAGAAGCAAUAUUAUGAAAUCUUGACUCCUUUAAGAGAUAGCAUUCCGAAAAGGCUUAAUAUCCAGGUCCAGAAGCUCACAAGAAGACAGUCAACAACAAUGUAUUCAGUACCCAAUCAUCUAGGAACUUUCAUGAAUACAAUCAAGAGAAUUCUUGAUGUCUUGCAUUGCAGAGUGGAGGACCUCUUGAAGUCUUGGGCAUCCUAUCUCCCUGUAGCUGGGGAUAAGAAGUCACUCUUCGGGGAGCAGAUGAAUGGGAUUACGGUUGUGUUGCGAACAAAAUACAAAAACUACUUGCAGGCUACAGUAGAGAAACUUGUCAGCAAUAUUCAAGAUAAUCGAAGCACGAGACUUAAACGAAUUCUGGAGGAUAUAAAAGAGGAAGAUGGAGAAACUGAUGUUCGCGAAAGAAUGCAGAUGCUUAGUCUACAACUGAUCGACUCUAUUUCCAACUUACAUGAAGUGUUCACUAGUCGGAUAUUCAUUGCAACUUGCCGUGGAUUCUGGGAUAGGAUGGGACAGAUUGUUUUAAAAUUUCUCGAGGGAAGGAAGGAAAACCAAGUAUGGUAUAACGGAUCUUAUUAUGCUCUAGGGAUAUUAGACGACACCUUUGCAUCCCAGAUGCAGAGAUUGCAAGGAAACUCAUUGCAAGACAAAGAUGUUGAGCCACCUCGCUCAGUAACCGAAGCUCGUUCUAUUCUCUGUAGAGACACAUCAAACACUGAUACAUCUACCUACUUCUACGUAUAAUAGCAGUCACACUUCAUCAAAUCUCCAAGCAGAGAAGGUCCACAGUAAGCUAAAACGCCAUGAAAGUGUUAAUUAUAUACACAUAUUUUUGUUGCUAUGUAUCUACAGCAUAAAUGUAAAGUGCCAGCCUAAGAUUGCAUCACCUCCAUUUCAUUAGUAGGUAAACAUAAUUUUUUGUAUGUAAGAAAUUUGCUUCAUAUCAAUAAAAACAAUGUAUUUGUUAAGGUUUAUUAUGUUUAUUACUU